ACCCGGUAAAUUCAAUUAUUAGGGUUUACGAGUGAAGUGUGCUUGAAGAUUGAUGGAUGAAUAGGCCUGCAAAUCGACAGAAAAGCUAAGCAAUUCAUUUGCUUUAAGAUGAACAAUAAGCCAAUUUUAACACUUGAUAGAGGGACUAGAUGCACUGCUUGGAAUUACAGUGGCCAGAGAUUGGCCGCUGGACUCGACGAUGGUUCGUUGGUAAUUUACGAUUCUACUGAUCCUGCUUCUUCAACCUUCACUUCUUCCGCUAGAUUCAAGGUUCGGGAGAGCAGUAUUUUGAAAGUUGUAUGGGUUCCACCGGAAUAUGGAGACGCUGUGGCCUGCGUUUGUGCUGAUGGAACAUUGUCUUUGUGGGAGGAGGUUGCGGAAGAUGCUGGAGGGAACCGCUGGAAAAUGUGCAAAUGCUUUGAUAGAGAUAAAAGCCAAGUGUUGGAUGUUCAAUUUGGAAAUAGUCAUACAUGCCUGAAAUUGGUGGCUGCAUAUUCAGAUGGACAAGUUAAAAUAUACGAGGUGCUAGACACACUUGAACUGGAGAAGUGGCAACUUCAGGCUGAAUUUCAGAAUGUAGUUGAUUUGGUGUCCAAGUUUCGGAAUGCUUCUUGCCAGUCUGCUUCCAUCUCCUGGAACCCACAAAAAAAUGAAGGACAACACUCGAGCUUUGUUUUGGGGUUUAACUCAAAUGUUCCCACACUAAAUUCUGCUAAGGUUUGGGAGUUUGAUUUGGAUCAUCAAAGAUGGCUUCCAGUUGCAGAACUUUCUUCACCUGAGGAUAAAGGGGACCAGGUUUAUGCUGUGGCUUGGGCACCAAAUAUUGGAAGGCCUUAUGAACUGAUAGGUGUUGCAACACAAAAGGGAAUAUCGAUUUGGCAUCUCAGCACAAACCCUGAUGCAGACGGGAGGCUCUCAACACAUAAGAUUGCGAUGCUAUCUAACCAGGACAGCGAGGUGUGGGAAAUGGAAUGGGACAUGAGUGGAAUGACAUUGGCUACUACAGGAAGUGAUGGAACCGUUGGGCUGUGGCAGUCCAACUUGAAUGGAGUGUGGCACCAGCAAGCUGUCUUGAAACCAACUCAGUGAUGUUGUAAGCUACAGGUCAAUUAACUUAGCUUUCAAGAGAUACAUAGGAAAGACUUGUCUUGCUGAAAUAGGAUGGAAGAUUUACGAUAUUUAGGUGAUCCUGUACAGUCAUACAGUGCAAAAAGGUUUAGGAAAAUUAGACUGCAUAGGACUACUAUGAACAUAUUUCCAAACCAGCUGGCUAUGCA